AUGGCCGACGGCGGCGGAAGAUCCACCGGCCACUCUUCUAUCUUCGGCGGCCGCGAGAUCAACUCGCGCUCUCCCCCGGCGCGCGGACCGACCGCGCGCUCGCGGUGGCACGGGCGCACGCAUUGGAGCCGCGCCAUCCUCGCGUCCCGCCGCCGCCUCCAGGCCGCGCACCGCGCGCGCCUCCGCGCCCCAGCAUCCCUGAAGCCCGCUUCGUGCCACGACGCCUCCACGGCGGCGACGAAGGGCGCCGCCGCAACGCCGCCUCUGGCGAGGAAGGCCAAGGUGCUGGGUCGGCUAGUGCCCGGCUGCCGAAAGUUGUCGUUCCCGACGCUCCUCGCCUAG